AUGGCCAAGCGCCUCUUCCACUCUUGCCGCUCCCCGUCCGCCGCCGCCGUGGUCACCCCCGCCACCAACCUCCUCGCCAAGCACCACUCGCCGGCCUUCACGCCCCCCGCCGGCGGAUGCUGUCCGCGCGGCCUCACUCACCGGCGGCCGCUGCCACCGGAGACCUGCGGCGCCAUGCGCUGCGCUGCCGACUACACUGCCGACGACCUCCCUCCGGCCCGCGGAACGCCCGCCUACCGCUGGCUGAAGAGCUCCCACUGGCACGUCAUCGAGGCCGCCACCGACGGCGACGACACGCCCCGCCUCAAGAUCGACGCGCGGCGCCGGCUGCGGCGCUCCCGGCGCCGCCGCCGGCUCCACCGCAAGGCGGCCAUAGAGAGCCUGUCGUCCGGCGACAGCGGGUGGUUCAGCAGCAGCGAGGAGCCGAGCGCGUACAGCAGCCGCAGCGUCGAGGCGGAGGCGACGCUGGUCACGUCCACCGCGACGGAGACCUCGUCGGGCGUGAGCGGGAGCUCCGGCGCCGUGGCGGCGACCGCUGAGGCGCGAGCGGAGGCGGUGGUGGCCGGGAGCUUCGCGGUGGUGAAGCGCUCGGACGACCCCCGGGCGGACUUCCGGCGGUCCAUGGCGGAGAUGGUGGUGGGCCGCGGCAUCUACGACGCCGACGGGCUGGAGCGCCUGCUGCGGUGCUUCCUGGCGCUGAACGACCAGCGCCACCGCCGCGACAUCGUCGACGCCUUCGGCGACGUGUGGGAGGCCGUGUUCGCCAGCCCGCUGCCGCACGGCGCCGUCACGUCCGCGCCUGCCGCGAGCUGCCGCGCGGCCGCCGCAGGGGCGCCUCGUCAGUAG